CCGCGUUUGAUACCAGAUUGCCUACCCGGUUCCGACCCUGCCUGUCCUCGAUCUGCCUGCUCCCUGAUCCUGCCUGUCCCUCGACUAUGCUGUUUGGUCUGUUAUCCGACCCUGCCUGUAUCUACGCUGACCGCCUCGCUUACUCCCUGACUCUCUGCCUGUCCCUGACUCACCUUCUGCCCGCUGUCCUCCGUCUGCCACCAUGAUAUGGAGAUGGGUUCAUUUAAGUGCUCUUCUUCUUGGAGCACUCGCAUCCCCAGCUCUAUCCUCCCAACGCACCACUAACACUGACGGAGAAUCCUGUCACAUCUACAGAUCUGGCCGCUCAGCAGACUGUCUGGGAAGACAGUUCGAGCAUAUCCCGUGGAGACAAUUUCCAUCCACACUGGAAGAGAUAGAUCUCUCUUACAAUAAACUUCAAGCUGUCCGUGUUGACGACUUCCUCCGCCUCCCUCAGCUUCACACCCUAAAGCUGCAGUACAAUAACAUUUCACACAUUGACAAAGAUGCCUUUAAAAACAACACGCUGCUGGAGCAUCUUAACAUCUUCAAUAACUCCCUGGAGGAAAUUCCUGCCGCAGCUUUGUCUACUCUGUUGAAUCUGAAAAAGCUCUACAUGUCCAAUAACCUUUACAAAAGUGCGACUUUGGCUCAUAGCUUUUCCAAAUGUGUCAAACUGAAAGUUCUGUCUAUGGGUGGCCCUCUGGUGAUGGGUCUAAAGAAAGCUGAUUUUCAGCCCCUGAAGAACAUUAAGUUACAGGAGUUUGCAAUUAAAUGUUCAUCCGAUCUCAGUUACUACGAGCCUGGAAGUUUAGAAGUCAUCCAGACAAGAGAUAUGGGCUUUGAUAUGGCCAUAGAUCAACUGCCACAUGCUCUUCCCUACAUGCUACAGGACAUUGCCAACAAGACCUUCAGGGCCAUCCAAUUCCGAAACAUCUUUGAGUUCAUGUACUACAUGGAAGAUGAGGACAUUUUCAAGGGUUUAAAAGACAUCACAGCCCAACAGCUCGUCUUUCACAGAGGCAAAUUCAAUGAGAAUCUCCUCAGUAUGGCUUUGAUGAACUUACAAGACGCCCCCAUCAAAAGGUUGAGACUUCAGUACAUCGACUUUGCCCGUUCACCCACGUUUGUUGAUAGCGGAGCUGGUUCCAGCAUCACCGACCUGGCACUGGAUAAGUUGGAGCUUUGGUACAUCAGCAACCCUGAUAUCCUGAGAUUUGACUGGCGCUUCACCUGGUUCAACAAAGUUAAGGAACUGUCCAUUCAGCAUGUGUACUUCAACUUCGUUCCCUGCGAUGCCUGGGUUGAGAUGGAAGUUGUGGAGAUACUGGAUGCCUCCAAUAAUCGUCUCAAUAAUGAGUUCCUGUUUAACAAACAGUGUGAUUACAGGGGCGCCGUGCCAAAUCUUCACACCCUCAACAUGAGCAGAAAUGUCCUGACCAGUUUAAGAGACUUGUCAAUGCUAACAAAGGAGUUCAAGCAGCUGCAUGUAUUGGAUUUUAGCUUCAACCAGAUGGGAUCUGCUGGAACAAGUCAGGACUGUGUUUGGCAAAUAAAUAUCACCAGGAUUAUAGCUCACCACAAUCCAUUUGUAAGUGAAGCUCUGCAGUGUCUGCCCACCACGGUGCAGUACUUGGACUUGUCCUACUGCGACCUCGACCAGCUGGACUUGAUGUACUUUGAGAAAGCCACCAACCUGAAAGAGCUCCUGUUAAGUGGAAAUAAAAUCAAGUAUAUACCAUGUAAGUGGAAAAGUCAGUCACUGCAGUCACUAUCUUUGGAUGGGAAUUCGUUCGGUCUCAUUAGCAAGGCGUCUUUCCAGGACAUGCCUCAACUAUCUCAGCUGAGGGCAGGGAACAAUCCUUUCCAUUGCACCUGUGAACUCCAUGCGUUCGUCCAGGAUACGAUUUCAAAGGCAAAGGUUAACCUGACCGACUGGCCUUGGAACUACAGGUGUUACCAUCCAGAGGCCUUGCUAAACACAGUCAUAUCCAAAUUCUUCCCAAAUCAAGUAGCCUGUGACACCAGACUAGUGAUCAUCAUCUGUGUGGUGACCACUGCAGCAGUGAUCUUGAUAUUAAUGCUGAUUUGCUAUAUUUUUGACCUGCCGUGGUACACUAAAGCAACGUAUCAGAUCAUCCGGGCCAAAUACAGAUAUCACAAGGAAAAGGCGGCGGGGGAAUUGGAGGAUUGUACUUAUCAUGCCUUUAUAUCAUACAGCCACUCUGAUGCAGACUGGGUGAGGGAACAGCUCUUACCCAGUUUAGAGAACCACAAGAACCCUUACCGUCUGUGUAUUCAUGAGAGGGACUUCAUGCCAGGAAAGUGGAUCAUCGAUAACAUCAUUGACAACAUUGAAAGCAGCCGUAAGGUAAUAUUCAUCCUCUCUCGGCACUUUGUGAACAGCGAGUGGUGCAACUAUGAGCUGUACUUCACUCAGCAGAGAGCAAUGGGAAAGACCUUUGGGGAUGUCAUCCUUGUGAUGAUGGAGCCCAUGGAUGCCAGGUCCAUUCCCAGCAAGUACUGCCGGCUGAAGAAGAUGCUCAGCACCAAGACAUACCUGGAGUGGCCCCAGCAGGUCAACCUGCAGGCGUUUUUCUGGGCACAGCUGAGGAGUGUUCUGGGCAAGCCGACAAUGACCCGAGAGGAGAGGCACAGCGUUAGGAGCAGAACGUUAUCUGUGGGCGAAGUUUCUGUGAUUGGGCCCCCCAUCGAAGAUACCAGGCCUGAAGGAGCAACACCUAAUGCAGACAACGAAGCAGUACCAAAAGAUGAGAUCAUAAAAAGGAACAAUUGUGAACUUUCCAAUCAAAGACAAAUUCCUCUAGUGGCACUCUGACAAAAUGGAUAGUCAAGUAAAGAACUGAGUUCAGGUAACCUUUUGGAAAUGAUGUAUGUAAAAGCUGGGAGCAGGAGCCAACGUCUCAUUCGGAGGAGAAGGACAUUACCCUUUGACAGCCCAUGUCAUUCUGUCGUGUGUUCCCGAGGACCCAGAGAUGCCCCCUGCUCCACGACAGGCCAGCUGACAGGCUCCGAAACGCCACAAGCUGAAGAUUUCUCCUUUUGCGAUACAGUAACAAGCGUGGUUUCAUGAAGAUAUGGUGACAGCAGCCUGACUGUGAAAGGACUAUGCUAAUCAACCUGAUCUCACCAGAAUGCGUGACUCCACCACGACUCCUUAACACUGCAUUGCGUGGUGGAGUCACGAACUUUGUUACAUUUACGUGUCUGCACCACGCAAACAACCCCAAUGUAAAGUGAAUGAGGCUCUUUUGUCGUGGUGCACACACGC